AUGCCACAUCAGCCGUAUCUGCUGCCAGCUCGGAGUGUCGCUGCUGUGCUGCAUACCCUACGCAAGCAGCACGCACCAACGGUGGCCCUCCACGUGUACUGGAGGCUGAGGGCGGCUGGACAGCUGUCGUUUCACUGCAAUGACGUGGCACUCGCCGCGUGCUGUGGUGUGGAGACGGAUUAUAGACUGGCGGAGUAUGAGAGGGCGGAGAGGCGGCAGGGGGGAGGGUGGGCCGGGGGAGGUGCACAGGGGAAAGGGGGAGCGGAGGAGAUGGGGUUUCUGGGGAGCUCUGAAGGAGAUGGGUUGCUGGAGGGGGAGGAGGGAGAGGAGGGGGGAGAAGAGGAAGUAGAGGAGAAGGAAGGGGAGGGAGGAAGUGAAGUUGGUGCGAUGGAGGAGGGAAUGGAAGGGGAGGAGGGGGCCGAGGGAGGCGAGGGAGAUUGGGAGACGGGUGGCAGCAGCAGCAGCACUACCAGCAGCAGCAGCAGCAGCAGCAGCAGCUGGGGAAACGGCGGGCGCAGCGAUGGGUGGCACAGCGAUGGGUGGGCGAGCAUCAACUGGCACAGCAGGGGCAUGCCCCCGCCGUGGGUGCUCACGAGUCCCACCGUGCACGCAGCUCUGGGCACCCACGCUCCUGCCCCCGCCCUGCACAUGCUGGCAGAGCAGGGCCUUAACACGGGGCAGAGUGAGUUGGAGCCCGCUCAAUUGCCAGCGCUGUACAUGCUGCCUGGACAGGGGCUUGAGGCAGGGCGCAUGGGUGAGGGGGAGGUGGCACACCAAGAGACCCAGGGGGGAAGGCGCGAGGCGGAAGUGCAAGGGGGAUUAGAGAGUGGACCGCGAGAGGUUGGCCCAGUGGAAGCAGAUGGAGCUGCUGCUCUGGUUAUUUCUGAUCAGGCCACCUCUCACUCUGGCCCCGCCCCUCACUCUGGUCCCGCCCCUCACUCUGGUCCCGCCCCUCACUCUGGUCCCGCCCCUCACUCUGGUCCCGCCCCUCACUCUGGCCCCGCCCCUCACUUUGACCCCUCCCCUCACUCCCCAGCAUCUCCUGAAUCUCAGUACUUCCAAGGUUCCUGGGCAGGCAUGGAAGCCCGCUUCCCUGUGCUGUCCGCGCUGAUCAGGUUCGAGGAGAGGUUCGGCAUAGGCUCGAGCGCGUGGGAGGAGGUUCGGGCGCUGGGGCUGUGGGAGAGAGCAGCUUUGGAGAUUCUGGCCGAGUCCCGGGGCAAGUUGCAGAGGUUCGGAGGGGAGCUGGCUCGGCCGUACCACCGGGUGCUGAUGGCUUUGGCUCUGAGAGGGAGGGAGGAUGAGAUUGCUCAGGGUGCUCAUGGCUCUGAGAGGAGGGGUGAUGAGAUUGCUCAGGUGCGGGCAUGGAUGGAGCAGGACGGAGUGACUGAGGCGCCCAGCUUCCCUGCGCUGCUCACACGCUUGUGCCAUCUGGGCCAGUCAACGCCUGCUGCUGCGUCCCACGUGCCUCUGCUCUCCGUGCUCACCAGCAGCCCUGGUGAGUGCGUGUUGAGCCGUGCUCCAUUCGCUGCUGCUGCUGCUGCUGCUGCUGCUGCUGCAAUCAAUCCCUUAUUCUCCCAUGGUUCCCCUCCAUCCCCCCUGUCGCGCAGGUGGAAAGAAAAGGUGACUUUUGAGUCGACUCAAAAGUCAAAAGUCACCACAUCUGUUCCCCCGCGCGCUGACCUCCUAUUUCCAGUCGCGCAGGUGGAAAGAAAAGACAUAACGAUCCAGAAGCUAGCCUUACAGCAGCAGUGGGAUGACAUGCUGCUGCUGCUCCCCCACGCGCUCACCUGCUACUUUGAGUCGCACGGGUGGGAGCGCAUCACCCUCUGGAGCUCCGCCUUCGCUGCUGUGGGCCAGGCGUGCCGCCCCGACGUGCUCAAGAGCAUGGUGGAUGCUGCUGAAGCCACAGGGCUGGCUGAUGGUGAGUGCUGGCCCCCUUCUCUCUCCGGGACAGCACACAGCUCACUCGAAGGCAGUUCAUGGGGGCCAACCACUGGAAGGGCUUCUGGCUGCUGGUGGAGCGGCAGGGCCGACAACUCUCUGUCCUCCUCCCCCUCUUCCCUUUCCUUGCCUGUCCCAGCUCCCUUCUCCCUCCCUGACGGCACGCAGCUGACCCGCAGGCAGUUCCUGGGAGCCAACUACUGGAAGGGCUUCCGCCCGCUGGUGGAGCGACAGGGGCGGCAGGGGGUGUCAGGGGGCGAGUUUGAGCGCACGUGGGGGCUGGUGAGGCAGGCCGUGGCGGCCACGGGGCUGCACCCCCACGAGGGCAUCUCGUCCCUCCUCAUCUCUGGGCUCUGCGUCAACGGCCAGCUCGACAGGGCAAUGGAUGUGUUGGAGGAGAUGCAGCAGAUGGGAUUCGCCCUCACGCCACGCGUCUUCGAUCCGCUGCUGCUGCAGCUCGCGCGCUCCAAGCUCUUCAAGGAGGCGCUCGCCCUGGCUGAUGUCAUGCGCCGCAUGGACGGUGGGCUCACGGUGGCUUCCUUCAGCAGUCUCAUUGAGGCGUGCCUGCAGGUCGAUCAUAUCCCAAUGGCACUGGAGCUAGUAGCGGGGAUGAGGAGCACGGGCGUGCACAGUGUGUGCAUGUGCGGUGUGAUGUGUGUAUGUGCUGCGUGGUUGGGUGCACAUUGCUCGCUCUUCAUCCCGCCAUCCCCAUCGCCUGUGGCAGAUCCCAAUGGCGCUGGAGCUAGUGGCAGAGAUGAGGAGCACGGGCGUGCAGAGGAACAGCUACAUCUACACGCCCAUCAUCCACGCCUUCUGUAA